AUGGCUUCCAAGAUCUCGCUGAAGCUGCUGGUCGAGACCAACUCGAAGAAGGUGCUCUUCGCGGAAGCCGGCAAGGAGUUCGUGGACUUCGUGUUCAGCCUGCUGACGCUGCCGAUCGGCGCCGUGGCGAAGCUCGUCUCCGCCGGCACCAUGCACGGCAGCGUCGGGCGGCUGUACCAGAGCGUGGACCACAUGGGCGCGUCCUACCUGCUGCCCGGCGCGAACAAGUCGGAGCUGGUGCAGCCCGGGGUGCUGCACCCGGACGCGCGCGAGCUCCUGCUGCUGCCGCACGCCGGCGGCGGCGACGGCGAGGCCGAGGAGCAGCCGCGGCUGCCCAAGUUCAAGCUGUACACGUGCCCGGGCCAGUGCGUGACGGUGACCAUGGAGCGGGAGGCCGCGUGCCCGCAGUGCAAGCAGGCGAUGGCGACCGAGAUGGCCUUCGUGCUGCCCUCGGCCGCGCCGCGGUCCGCCGCCGGCGCCAAGGGCGGCGGCGCGGCGGGGGAGGAGAGCAGCGGGUACGUGAAGGGGCUGGUCACGUACAUGGUCACUGACGGGCUGGAGGUGACGCCCAUGUCGGCGAUCUCCAGUAUCACGCUCAUCAACAAGUUCAGCGUCGGCAACGACGUGGAGCUCGCGGAGAAGUUUGUCAAUGUGGGGAUGGAUGAGGGGCUGGGCCUGCUGAGGGCGGCGCUGAGAUCCGACACGGUGCUCUCCGACGUGUUCCUGACGAGGAAGAAGUGA